AUGGAUAAGAGUUGGAUGAAGAAGAGUAGAUUGUCAAGAGAUUAUGUGCAAGGGAUUAAAGAAUUUUUGAAGUUUGCUUCUCGCAAAGUAUCUAAUGAUGGAACAAUUACAUGUCCAUGUAUGAAAUGUGUGAAUUCAUACAUGUUGAUCGUAGAAGUUGUACAUGAUCACUUGGUAUCAUAUGGAAUUAGUCCGGGUUAUAAUUGUUGGUAUCAUCACGGGGAAAUUAUGUUUGCAACGACUUCUAGUAGAACUAGUCAAAGCCAUGUUGAAGAAAUACGACCUGAGUAUGGUGAUAUCCGUGACGUGUUGCGGGACGUGUUUCCCAUGCACACCCAAAAUAUGGAUGAACAUGUAGAAGAAAGUAAUUUACCAGAACCAUAUGAUCAAGGUCCAAGCAUGCAACGAGCUCAAGAAGAUCCUAAUGAAGAUGCACAAAAAUUUUAUGACUUACUAAAAGAUGUUGAGAAGCCUUUGUAUGAAGGGUGCAAGAAUUUUAGUAAGUUGUCAGUGAUUGUGCAUCUAUAUCACUUGAAAUGUCUUAAUGGAUGGAGCAACCAUUCAUUCACAAUGUUGCUUCAAAUUUUGAAAGAUAUGCUUUCUUCAGAUGCAAAUUUGCCGAAAGACUUUUAUGAUGCCAAGAAGAUUAUUAAAGAUUUGGGUCUGGGUUAUGAAAUGAUUCACGCUUGUCCUAUUGAUUGUAUGUUAUUUUGGAAGGAACAUGCAAAUGAUGAAGUGUGUCAUUGUGGUGCUUCAAGGUGGGCAACAAUUGAGAAUGAUUUGGAGCAUAAUACGAGUACGCCAUCUAAAAAGAGAAAGAAAAAGUCCGCAAAAGUUUUACGGUGGUUUCCCUUGAAGCCUUGA